GAGCCCUGCAGAAGAUGGCGUCUCUGCGCUGUAGGCGAGACCCCUGCGGCGUUAUCUGUCUGAUUUUAACUUAUUUCAGCGUGUUUUACGCGGACUACGUGGUCAUACAAUAUGUCCUCAUCCCCGCUUACUCGGGCAGUGUGUGGUGUACUCUACAUGGAUCAGUGUUCAACCUGAUUCUGCUGCUGCUGCUGGCCUGCCACGCCAAAGCUGUCUUCUCAGACCCUGGCAUGGUGCCUCUUCCUGACACAGCCAUAGACUUCUCAGACCUCCGCUCGCAGUCGUCUCGGAUGAGUGAGCGGGUGAGUCACAAAGGCUGUGAAGGUUGGACGGUGUGCAGUCGCUGUGAAACCUACAGACCUCCCAGGGCGCAUCACUGCCGCGUCUGUCAGAGGUGUAUACGCCGCAUGGACCAUCACUGUCCCUGGAUCAACAACUGUGUCGGAGAGCUAAACCAGAAGUAUUUCAUCCAGUUUCUCUUCUACACCGGCAUGGCCAGUCUGUACUCCAUGGUGCUGGUGGUGUCGGCCUGGGUGUGGCGGAUAAGGAACGAGCGAGAUGGCGACGCAGAGAAAGAAGCAGAGACACCCAGCAAGCACCUGAUAGUCGCUCACUACAUCAUCCUCCUGGUGGAGUCGGUCUUGUUUGGCGUGUUUGUCAUGGUCAUCUUCUACGAUCAGUUGGUCUCUAUAAUCACAGACGAGACCCCCAUAGAGCAGAUGAAGAACAGGCUGAUGCUCAAGGACAGGGGCUCUUCAUCUUCAUCUGCUUCCACCUCCUCCUCCUCUCAGCUGCCUCACCACCCCCCUCACACCCGCAAGCCAAAGCUCGCUCUGCUGCGGGAGGUUUUCGGAAGAGGCUCGGUUUUUUGCUGGCUUCUUCCUCUCCACUCCAGCCCUCCAUCAGUUGGCGGCAUCAUCUACUCCGCCCUGCCGGACUAUGACGUCUGACCGUUUGGCCCGUGAGAGUGCUAAGAGGGCGAGGAAAGGAUGGCGAGAAAGGUUUUAUUUGUGUGACUGUGUGAGAGAGUGAACUUUAUGCCUAACUAUUAUGUCUUAUCUUUGGACCUGAGAGGUGAAGAGGAAGGAGGAUGAAGGCCGAGACUGGGACAAAUGAAGAGAGUGUGUUAGAUGAAUGAGUGUGUAUGACUUUAUCCCCCAGGGCCUAAAAAAAUUCAGCCUUAGACUCAUGAAAAUCUGUUCCUUUCUUGUCAUGAAGGAAGAGCUCCGAUGGUCCCUGUUUUGUCCCGAUCUGUAGUUUAACCACCAGUGUUUUGAUCAUUUUACUUGUGUGGAUAGGUUGGCCCCCUGUGGACACUGAGGUUUGACUGACAUGGGUUUAACAAGAGUGAUAUGCAGAUUUAUUCACUACAGCUGCCUACAAUCGGAUGUAUUUAGCUGCAUGAUAUUUGAGUUUUUAUGCCCAGAAACAAACAUUCAGGGCCAGAUUUAAUAAGAAAAUGGGCCAGCACAAAUGUGCACUGCGGGUUUGUUGAAUUUACAGGUCCAAUCUGCAUGUAGUUAGCUCCUGACGGACUGAGGCAGCAGCUCAUUACAGUAAGCUCCUGGACUAAUGCAUUUUGCGAUUAAAGGAAAGCUCAUAGGUGCAAUUCUGUGGUGGGAUUUGUCUGGAGGUCACCAAGUUAAAGGAGACCUAUGGUGCUGCUUUUCCCAGUCCUAUAUUUUAGUUCUGUGACUUCUGUAUGGCAGCUUUGCAUUAUUCAAAGAUAAAUUUUAUACUGGGUCUUUAUGUAGGCCUUAAUUUCAGCCUCUAUCUGAAACAAGCUGUAGAUGCUCCUGUGUCUUUAAGGCCCCCGCCUCUCAAAGCCCACUGUCUUCUGAUUGGCCUGAUCUGUUUUGACUCACAGGGAUUUCUUUUAAAUACUUUACCUCAUUAUUUUAAGCUUCGGCCAUGUUUAACAUGACCAUCCAAAAUUGUAACAGUGUAGAUAAGUCAUAAAAUAUGGAAAAGCAUAAUAGGUCUCCUAUAACAAAAUAAAUGCUAACUUAGUAAUCCUCCAGAAUAGGGAUGAAACAGUAUGAAAAUUUCACAAUUAUAGUGACCAAAAUUAUCACGGUUAUCAGUAUCAUCACUGUAUUGUAAAAAUGUGCCAAAAAAUAUUAAAAUGUACUGAUAAACACACUGAAACAAAUUUCAACAAGUUUUAUAUUGAAAACUACAAAUACAGUUGCCAUUUUGUUUGCAUAAAAAAUUAAAUAACAGCAGAUACCUUUUUGUAAACAAAUGAAAAUCAUCAGUGUGCAUUUUCAAGAGUUUAUAUUUUAUAUUAUAUAGGUAAUACCAUGACCCCGUGGGCAAUUACAUGAAAACAAAUAAGUCUUUAGAAGACAGUGAUAGUAACUGUAAUGAGCCCAACAACUGACAUAAAUACAGAGCAGUCUGUAGCGUUUCUAGAUAUGCUGGUUGGUUGACUAAACUGCGUAACGUGUUAUCAUGACAUAUAGACUCUGCUGACACACGACGCUCACAGCAGCAGAACAACGUGUAGCGUUUUUACAAGAGCAGCAACACUGAGAGCUUCAGUUUACACGCUGUUAGCAAGUCAGACAGACAAACCAAAGCUAAAAGUUAACUCACCCUGCGUU